AUAUAAUGCAUAAACCCUAGCCUCUACUCCUUUACCCUUGUCAUUUCAUUUGCUUCGCCUCCUUCCUUUCUCUUCACUAUCUUUACUAUCAAACUGUACCAGGGAUGAGACCUCCAAGAGGCCGUGGUGGCGGUGGUGGCGGGUUUAGGGGCAGAGGUGAUGGGGGUAGAGGGAGAGGAAGAGGCGGCGGCGGCGGCGGCGGUAGAGGUGGUGAUAGGGGUGGCAGUGGCAUGAAGUCCCGUGGAGGUGGCCGCGGUGGAGGAAGAGGACGCGGUGGAGGAAGAGGAGGGAUGAAAGGCGGCAGCAAGGUUGUGGUUGAGCCACAUAGACAUGAGGGAGUUUUUGUUGCCAAGGGGAAGGAAGAUGCUCUUGUUACUAAGAAUAUGGUCCCCGGCGAAGCUGUCUACAAUGAAAAGAGGAUUGCUGUUCAGAAUGAAGAUGGGAUGAAGGUCGAGUACAGGGUUUGGAAUCCUUUCCGAUCCAAGUUGGCAGCUGCGGUUCUUGGUGGUGUCGAUAACAUAUGGAUUAAACCUGGUGCUAAGGUUCUCUACCUUGGAGCUGCUUCUGGUACAACUGUUUCUCAUGUAUCUGAUGUCGUUGGUCCUAACGGAGUGGUUUAUGCUGUGGAAUUUUCUCAUAGAAGCGGUCGAGACCUGGUCAACAUGGCAAAGAAGCGAACAAAUGUUAUACCUAUUAUCGAAGAUGCCAGGCAUCCUGCUAAAUACAGGAUGCUAGUUGGCAUGGUCGAUGUGAUAUUUUCUGAUGUUGCCCAGCCUGAUCAGGCAAGGAUUCUGGCUUUGAAUGCAUCUUAUUUCCUGAAAGCCGGUGGUCAUUUUGUUAUUUCAAUCAAGGCGAACUGCAUUGACUCGACGGUUCCGGCCGAGGCAGUAUUCCAGAGCGAAGUCAAGAAAUUGCAACAGGAGCAGUUCAAGCCGUUCGAACAAGUCACUCUUGAACCUUUCGAGCGAGACCAUGCUUGUGUCGUUGGCGGCUAUCGCAUGCCUAAGAAACAGAAAUCUGCUGCUGCUGCUUAAUUUUUUUUUUCUGGGAUGGCUUUUGAAGCUUUUGUUUCAUGUCUUGUUAGAGAAGGGAUUUUUGAGAAAAUGUCUGUCUAAUUUAUUGCAACUUUUGCUGGUGUUUUGUUUUGUUCAAUUUAGGUUUUCAUUAGAUCUCAAAUGUCUGUGAUUUUGAAUGUUUAGACCUCUCAUUCUUCUUCUAGCA